AAAAAAAUUGCGACGAAUAGUGGAGAAAAUGGGAAAAAACAGGCGAAAUUUUUCUCUCUUGUAGUGAGGUACACUUAUUAAAACGAAAUUGCAAGCAAAAAAAAACGGAAACUUUAAAAAUCAAGCUAGGUAUCAGUCUGUAGCGUUCGAAGCGAAUCACAAACACACACAAUGAAAAUGAUAAAGAGCAAAUCCAAUGAUAGUGAACAGCAAACUCAAAACUAAAGUUGUCGCGUUGCGCCAAUAGUGGCGCAAACGCCGCAAUGGAAAAGGAAAAGGCAACAAGCGGAGAUACCCAACCUUUCAGUAAUUCUAAUAAAUCAAGAAAAAUAUUUAAAAACAAAAAAAGUUCAAAUAAAUUUGAAAUGCUUGAAAAACAUACGUCCUCACUCUAUUUGAUUCCGAAAAUUCCCGAGAGAUGGCGAGUUCCGCUUGGUUAAUCGAUAUCACAUUUGGCACACACACGAUUUAUUCUAAUAUCUUAUCACAAGCGCGAGGUUUUAUCGAAAGGGCCAAGAUAACGAUCCGAAGCUGCGUCGCGACGAAAGUAGACACUUUCGAUUUCAGUUCCGUUCCGAUCGCGUGCCGUGGUUAACAUGUGGUGAAAUAUUUUUGCCCCAACAUUUUCGUGUAGCUAAAUUUGAUGGAUCAUCGUGAUUAGUGAUUAAUUUGGGAAAAUGUCUGCCGCAAUCAUAGUUCCGCUGAUUAUAUUCCUGCUGAUUCUUGUCUGGAUGUCUGUGUACACGUUUGACAGACGAUACAACCGAACGAGAAUCCUCACAACUCGUGCCGCCGCAACUUCUGCCAACACGGCCAUCGUUUACACGAUUCCCACCAACCCGCCAACGUCCGAGCACGGCUCUGUCCCGAUUAUUCCGCACCGAUCGCUGUUUGGAACCAGACCGCAACCGUACAACACCACCAACGAUAUGCCACCCUCCUACGAAGAUGUUACCAAAACGAAUACAACUGCAACAACUUGAUUGGUGGAUGAAACUGUAACUUUUUAAUUUAUUAACUUAGGGUUAAUCGACGCUACGCUAAAAGUUUAAGGUUAAAGGCUGU